AUGAUUAAACAACAACAACCACAGACCAUUACAUACGCCACAUAUGCAUAUAAUUCAAAGACGGCAGAACAAACGCAAAGGUUGAAAUAUGGAGAUUUGGAGAUAGUAUUGAAAAAUGACCAUUUUGAAUUCGUUUGCAAAGGUGGUGCAGUGAUAUCAAAUAUAAAAGAAAUUUUAUUUAUGAAUUCAAAAAUUAAAGGAAUAACGGAUGAUAUAACAUCAAUUCCACCAGAAGAACAAAGAUAUUACGCAUUAAAUGCAUUUCCUAAAGUUUUGAAGAUUGGAAGAUUUAAUUUAAAUGAGGAAUUCAUAAAAGGUUUCCUAAAUGACAUAAUGAAGAAAGCAGAUAAAACUUAUGUUAACGAUGAGUUAGCAAAGAAGGCAGAUAAGGAAUAUGUUAACGAUGAGUUAGCAAAGAAAGCAGAUAAAUCAUUUGUUAACGAUGAGUUAGCAAAGAAGGCAGAUAAGGAAUAUGUUAACGAUGAGUUAGCAAAGAAAGCAGAUAUAUCAUUUGUUAACGAUGAGUUAGCAAAGAAAGCAGAUAAAACUUAUGUUAACGAUGAGUUAGCAAAGAAAGCAGAUAUAUCAUUUGUUAACGAUGAGUUAGCAAAGAAAGCAGAUAUAUCAUUUGUUAACGAUGAGUUAGCAAAGAAAGCAGAUAAAACUUAUGUUAACGAAAUAUACCAAAGUUUAGUUGGAACAAAAAAUAUUGAAACUAUUGUUGGCGACUUUUCUGUCAAUGAAGAAAACAAAUAUUUUAGAUGGGGGUUUGUACAGUCCUUAAGAAAUGGUAUACGGUAUAAACUCAUUCCGAAAAAUAACAAUGAAAUGUAUGUAGGCUAUAUAAAGAAUAAUGGCACACAAGUUAAAGUUCCAUUAGACAACAACUGCUACUUAAACUUAUAUGGAGACGAACAAAAGAAAUAUUUAAGAGUUUAUGAAAUGACAGAUAUGACAUUGUCUAACGUAGCUCCAGCACCGUAUUAUUAUGACUAUGGUGUUGACGCACGUGUAGACCCAAAAAAGCAAACAUUAUAUUUAGAUUAUUAUAGAUAUAAAAGAUAUAA